AUGUUUAUUAAAGCUGAUAUUCGUUAUGAAUACGUAUGGGCAACUUAUCAUGGAGCAGAGGCUAUUGUGAAGAAAUCUUGGAAUAAAUUUGCUGGAUUGAAUCCGGCUGAUUCUCUCAAUGUUAAGUUCAGAAGAACUCUUAGAUCUAUUUUUUACUGGAGCAAGGCCAAAUUCAAGAACCUUACGAUUCUUCGAGACAAAUUGAAAGAAGAAAUACAAGAAUUGCAAUUGGAAGAAGGCGAAAUGGGGAUUUUUGUGGAAAAGCUUCAGGUUUUAAGAUUCAAAAUUAAUGAACUCAAUGAAACUCUUGCUAGACUCAAUACUUGGUGGAGGCAAAGAGCUAAAGCAAGGUGGAUGGAAGAAGGAGAUUGCAAUUCGCGUUUCUUUCAUGCUUUUGCUAAUGCUAGGAAAAACAACAACUGGAUUAGUCACAUUAAAACCAAGGAAGGGAAAAUCACGGAGGAUGCUAAUGAAAUUCAGAAAGUUUUUUCUGAUUUUUUCCUGCUUAAAUGGAAGCAUAGGAAUUGUUUAAUUGAAGGAUGGCCGAAUCCUGGAGCUGUAAUCAAUGAGAAUGAUCAAGCUGUUUUGGAUGUUGAAUUCACGAGGGAGGAGCUUCAUGCUAUCAUUCAAAAUUCUGGUUGUAAUAUUGCACCUGGAGUGGACGGGGUUACUUUUUCAUUCCUGAAAAAUUUCUGGAAUCUGAUUUCUGAAGAUAUUUGGUUAGCAGUGAAUCACUUUAUGGUUUCUGGAGAGAUGCCAAUAUCGUGGAAGGAAACCAUUAUAGUAUUGAUUCCGAAAAUUCAAAAUCCCCAAGAGGUAACAAAUUAUCGGCCUAUUAACUUAUGUUUGACCAUUUAUAAAAUUAUUGCAAAGAUGCUCUUGAGUAGAUUGGAAUUGGUUAUUCAUAAAUUAAUCUCGAUGGAUCAAGAUGCUUUUAUCAAAGGACGCUCCUUGUCAGAUCAUGUUCUUUUAGCUCAGGAAAUAUUCAAUAAAUUUUGGUAUUCUAAAGCUAGGAAAGGUCUAUUGGCAAUAAAGCUUGACAUGGAACAAGCUUAUGAUAGCAUGGGGUGGGAUGCUUUAAGGCAAGUGCUUUCUCAUUUUAACUUUCCUACUAAGUUUAAGGAACUCAUUUUACAGUGUAUCUUAAAUCCCAAGUAUUGCAUUUCGAUUAAUGGAAAGAAAUCAUAUUGGAUUUAUGGAAAAACUGGAUUUAGGCAAGGUUGCCCUUUAUCCCCAUAUUUGUUUAUUCUUUGCUCCCAAAUCCUUUCUGAUGCUCUUAAUGGUAGGAAAGGUGAUAUAGGGAUUUCUAUUUCUCCCAAGGCUCCUAGAGUAUCCCAUUUGCUUUAUGCGGAUGAUAUUUUGAUUUUCUCUGAAUGCAUUUUGAAUGAAUUUGAUAAAAUGUGUAGAAGCUUUUUGUGGAAGAAGAACAAUGGCAAUACAGGUAUUCACUAUACCUCUUGGAAAACGUUAUGCAAAACCAAGGAAGAAGGAGGUAGAGGACUAUUCUCUGCUGUGUCUAGGAUUGAUCCUUUACGGGCCAAACUAGCAUGGAACUUCUGUACAAAGCCUUCUACCAUGCUGAAUCAAAUUUUAAGAGCGAAAUAUGGUGACGACGUCUGCUGGAUUAUGGAUAGAAGCUUAGCAAGAUGGCCAACAUUUGUAAACUGUUCUGAGAACAGUGAAUUAAAACUGAGUUAUUUCAUUGCUAAUUGGAAGUGGAAUUCUGAUCUGAUUCAAAAUACAUUUGGGGAACAUCUGAGGGAUCUUAUUCUUCAAGUUCCAAUUCAAGACGGAAAAGGAUUUGAUAGCAUUGAGCUUAAUUCUAAAUUCUUAGGAAAAUCAAUUGCUGCUCUGGUUUUUCAUUCAGCUUCACAUAAAAAUGAUGAUGGUUCGAUAUGGAGCUGGAUGAAGAAAUUGAAGUUGAGACCGAAGAUUGAGCUGUUCAGGUGUAGGCUGUACAAUGACGGCUUACCUUCUAAUGAUUUUCUAGUGAGAAGGAAAUUGAGCAAUUUCUCAGGUUGCCCGAGGGGAUGUAUGGAUGAUGAGAAUGAAUGGCAUAUAGCAGAAAACUGGGAUACUAACCAGCGUGAGCUGUUUUGCUCUUGGUAUCCUCCUCCAACCGGUUGGAUUAAACUAAAUGUAGAUGCUUCUAUCUUAUCAAACAAUGUGGCUGGAUUUGGAGGUGUAAUAAGAGAUGAGAAAGGUAGAUUCCUUCUAGCUUUUGGAAUAAAUAUUAUGCAUUGGGAUAUUGCUCAAAUCGAAUUGAUGGUAAUUCUUCACUUGAAGUACAUAUUUUGUGAUUGGAUGUUUGAAGCUCAAGGAAUCAUUAUUGAAGGAGAUAAUUUCAACAUUAUCAAUCUUCUUCAAUCGGCUAUGAAGAAUUGGAAGUACAAGAUCUCUACCGUUGAUCGCUCAAUCAACGAUGGAGAUCCCGUCGUUCUGCGGUUCCAUCCGAAUCGUGGAAUCGAGCCCGGGGUCAUCAUCUCAUCUGGUGCAAUCAGAGCUAUGGAUCUAAACCGUGUGAGACCGGACUGCUUUGAAUCCUCGCUUAUGUGGAUAAGUAGGACUGCGCUCUGCGGUCUUGAUUGCAGCAUGAUUGUGGCAAUCAUUGCUCGGUGGCGCAAUCAUUGCGCCACCAGGAAAUGA